AUGCGCCUGCGCCAUCCGAGCAGUGUAGCUCAUGUGAGACUCCUCGUCAGAGCUCCAUGGAAGAGAUAUAUCGUGGCGGCUGUCUUCGUGGCAUAUUAUGCCUGCUCACUAAAGUUGUGGCAGGACACAGUUGGCCAGCCGUACCAAUGGGCCUUGGAAGAACAGAAGAGGCUCAUCAAAGAGAAGGCUGAAGCUGCCAAGGAGAAGGGCGUCUCCUUCACAAGUGGACAACAAGAUCAGAAGGAGACCGAGCUCGGAAUUGAUGAGGAGUCCCUGCCCUCUCAGAUGAUGCCGGGUGCUUUUGCGUGCGUCUUCAUUUUCCUGAACAUAGUGGUGCAUGUGCUGUUCCACCUGAUGUGCGUUUGGUCCAUCUCCUUCCGAGCACUGGUUCUCUUUCAGCCAUCCAGACGAGUUCAGCAUGGCAGUUUUGUGCGCGUGACGCCUCACGCCAACAAGGGCAAGCCGGACAUCUGUGAAGUCCAUGAGUCAGAGGUCACGCUGAAUUGCCACUUCAAGUUUCAGUACCAGAACUUUGAGUUCGUCGAGGCUGGAACUGAAGACCCAGAUCUCCUGGGCGACGUAGAUCUGCCAGGUGUACGAUUGAUUCAAUGUCCAACAAACCUACCUUGGAGCACAUAUCGGGACUGCAAAGGACUCGAGUCGUCGAGCAAGGUGGAGCUGGCCAAGGACAAGUAUGGGACCAAUGUGUUCGACCUGCCCAAGCCGACUUUCAUGCAGCUUUUUCAGAAGCAGCUGAUAUCACCACUCGUGAUUUUCCAGCUCUUCUCAGCGGCCCUUUGGGUUAUGGAUACCAUGUGGAAAUACACCUGCUUCACCUUGGGGAGCAUCCUCAUGUUUGAAGCCUCCACUGUUUUCCAGCGCUUGAAGUCCAUGGCAACCCUUCGCGGGAUGAGCACAAAGAGCUUCAAUGUCUUCGUUUUCCGCUGUGGGAAGUGGGAGGACCGGCCCAUAGAGGAUCUCCUGCCGGGCGACCUGAUCUCCUUGCACACCAAGGACCGGGAAGAGAAGAAGGAAGCCGGUGCUGAGAAGAACGAGAAGAAGGAGACCUUGGUACCCUGCGAUUGCCUGAUUGUCAGCGGCAGCGCAAUUGUCAACGAAGCCACGCUCACAGGCGAAUCUGUGCCACAGAUGAAAGACGCAAUGGGCGCGGGCACAGAUUCCAACUUGGUCGUGGAUUGCUUCGGAAAGCACAGGAUACAUGCGCUGUUUAGCGGAACAGCUCUCAUCCAGACCACUGCUCCCGAAAGAAGCAAGAAGAAGUCAGAUGGGGACAUGAAGGACGCAAGCAGCCCACCGGAUGACGGCAUCGUAUGCUUCGUCCUCCGAACUGGCUUCAACUCCUCCCAGGGCGAGUUGAUGCGCAUGAUCGAGUUCUCAACUGAAAAUGUCAGCGCUGACACAGUAGAGACCGCGCUGCAGCUCAUGUUCCUUCUAGUUUUUGCCUUGGCUGCGGCCGGCUACGUCAUGAACGCAGCGCUCAAGGACCCCACGCGACCGACAUACAAGACCCUGAUCCGGUGUACGCAGAUCAUCACGUCAGUCGUGCCACCUUCGCUUCCCAUGCAGAUGGCCUUCGCUGUAAACACAGCCCUGAUGAGCCUGCUGAAAGCUGGAAUUUACUGCACUGAACCCUUCCGGGUGCCCUUUGCUGGACGAGUCUCCCACUGCUUCUUUGACAAGACUGGCACUCUCACCUCGGAUCAGAUGGUGGCUGUAGGGAUGGUUAGCGCUGGCGCUUCGAAAGAGCCCGUGCCAAAGGCCACGGCCGUUAGUGAGGCGUCUACGAUGGCUUGUGUCAUCCUGGCCGGUUGCCACUCCCUGAUAGAGGUGGACAACAAGCUGUUGGGUGAUCCCAUCGAGGUAGCUGCAUUGAGAGGCAUUGGUUGGAGCUAUCAACCAAGCAACAGCACGGCCUCGCCAUCCAAUUGGAGAGCCAAAGAGAUCACCAUUGCGCGACAAAAGGAGUUUAUGGGAAGCCUGAAAGAUGAGAUAGAGUCAGACAAGAAGGAGAAGGAAGAGAUCACGAAGAAGAUAGCUGAGCUGGAGAAGACCCUCAAGCAGGACAGACUAGAAGCAAGCAAGCUGUCCGUAGCGAUCAAGCACCGCUUCCACUUCUCGUCCGAUCUGCAAAGGAUGAGCACGAUUUGCAAAGUCACGUCGUCCGAUGGGAAAUGCCAGAAUGGGAUGUACAGCUUGGUCAAAGGCUCCCCCGAAGCCAUCGGCGAACUAUUGGUGGAGAAGCCAGGCUGGUACGAAGCGGCCUACAAGCGCAUGGCUGAGCAAGGUCAGCGGGUACUAGCUUUGGCAUACACACGCCUGACGGGUGAUGCCUCAGAUGCGGCCAAUCGGCCGCGUUCCGAGAUCGAGCGCCAGCUAACUUUCGGAGGUUUCAUCGCUUUCAAGUGUGAGACGCGAAAGGACUCGAUGCUGGUCGUCCGAUCCCUGCAGGACUCAAGCCAUGCCUGCGUCAUGCUAACAGGUGAUGCGCCGUUGACGGCCCUGAGUGUCGCCGUUGAAGUAGGCAUCGCUCAGCAUUCGCCUGAGAAGGCGUUAGUCUUAGCAGAAAAAGAGGACGGUGAUCUAGAGUGGCGUCCGGCCAUCACUUCAAAUGGCAGCACAGCCGAGCCCGUGCCCUUCGAUGCCACUGGCGUCACGGCACUCAGCCAGGCACGUGAUUUGAUAAUCACGGGCGCCCCGCUGGAAAAAGCAUGGCAAGGCUUUGGUGAAAAGUUCCAGUCACAGCUGAGCUCUGUGGGGAUUUUCGCCCGAAUGUCGCCCUUCCAAAAGGAGCAGGUCAUCCAAGCUGUACGAAAGAGCGAGAAGAGCUUCUCCUUCAUGUGUGGUGAUGGUGGGAAUGACGUGGGUGCCCUGAAGGAGGCCGACGUCGGUCUCGCUCUGCUGAGCGGUUUUGGCAAUGCCAACGUUGAUGCGUCGAAGUCGGACAACGAUGACAAGCCCCAGGAGGGCAAGGCGGAAGACCAGCUCGAAGCCAUCCGGCGGGAGAACACCGCAAAAGCCCAGGAGAUCAUGCAGAAGUCCAAGGUGGAGCUUGAGCGGAAGAAGAAGGACUUAGUUGGCAAGCAGCAGGAGUGGAUUCAAGAGGAGCUCGAAAGGCGACGGCAGGCCGGCGAAGACGUAGGGGUCAUGGCCCAGUUCGCAGCCAUGAAGACCGUCAUGGGCCGCCUUCAGAGCGAGAUGAAGAAGGAGCAGGAGCUGCAGCAGAAGAAGCACGGCAACGCCUUUGCAGCCGGUGCAGCCAAGUGGGCCGAGGGCCUUGAUUCCAUGGAGGACACCCCCAUGGUGCAGCUGGGUGAUGCCUCGACCGCGGCGCCUUUCACCUCGAGGACGCCCUCCAUAUCCUCCGUGGUGGACAUUAUCCGCCAGGGUCGCUGCACGUUACUGUCUGCAGUGCAGCAGAUGCAGAUCAUGAUGCUGGAAUCCAUGAUUGCAGCGUACACGAUGUCAACAAUGUCUGUGGACGGCACCCGCCCGUCUGAGCCGCAGAUGAUGGCGAGUGGAACCAUGAUUGGCGUCGCUUCGCUCGCCUUUUCCUUCGCAAAGCCCGUCGACCGCAUGCACCGAGUUCGGCCCCUGUCCUCUGUGUUCCAUCCUGCAAAUCUCCUCAGCAUGAUGGGCCAGCUGUUGAUUCACCUCUUCUGCAUGGUCUACAUCGCCAACUUGGCGAAAGAGAUCAUGGGCGAAGAGGGUGUCAGGGAGGUCAUCGAGUUCGAGAAGGAGCGUGACAAGCGCAUCGCAGCCCUCACUGAGGAGGAAAUGUCAGAGUGGAAUUGGUUCAGCUCUGUCCCCUUCAAGAAUAACCUGCUGAACACCUGCUGCUGGUUGGUUGAGACUGCCCAGCAGGUGUCUGUCAUCUUUGUGAACUACAAAGGCAGACCGUGGAUGAAGGGGCUGCUGGAGAACCAGCCGUUGUUCUUGUCGCUGUUCUCGUGUAUUGGCAUGGUCGCCGUGUGCGCCUGGGGGAUUUUGCCCUGGCUCAACGACCUCUUGAACCUCGAAGUAGUUCCUGAAGAACUGCGGAUGAAGGUCAUCUACUGCCUGUUGCUGUCGCUAGUGGGCACAUUCGUGUGGGAUCGCCUGAUGGCCUCGAACCAAGUUCUCAGCCGAACGGACGCAUGCAAAAGGGAAGGCAUAGCCAGUGCAGAUCAACAGAGAAGAACCAAUUGCGGCAGCACCCGGUUCGUGCGGAAAUCUGCCCAGUCAAGCGAGGGUCGAGUGGGGUGCCCCGGCACUUCCAUGCACUUGGAGGCCCAGAAAUCUCCUAAAGGGGGUGCAGAGGCGCACACUGAAGUGUCACAGCCCAAGGCAGCCCUAGAUCUCCAGAGAUCCCCGCACAUUGCGCUGACGUCCCAUCACGAGCAUCCGAGACGCAGCCUGAACGCUGCACCCUUCAAACUCCUUAAACCCAGAACCCUUCUGCCCAUAGCGAUAAGCGAUUGCGGCGGCAGCGCGACCUGGGCCAAGCGAGGUUGA